CCCCGGAUUACAUUAUGAUGCAGCUCUCUCUCCCCCUUCCCCCUUCCUCGGUACUCUCCAUUCCAACAUAAUACUUAAUCUCCGGAGGUUUUGUUUGUCCAACGUAUUCGACCUACUUCACGUCUUGACACUUUAUCUAGCAUAGACUCGCACAUCAUCAUGUCUGACUACACAUACCAACAUUUCAACGUCACAUUCCCGCCGGAACGUCAAUAUGUCGCCCACGUGGAGAUCAACCGCGCCGACAAACUGAAUGCCUUCUUCGAAAGCAUGUGGCUGGAACUCUCUGCCAUCUUCACCCGCCUCUCCUCGGACUCCUCCGUUCGUGCCAUCGUCCUCUCCGGUGCCGGCGACCGCGCAUUCACCGCCGGCCUCGACGUCAAAGCCGCCUCCGAGGGCCUCCUCUCCGACACCAACGCCGCCAGCGAUCCCGCCCGCAAAGCUGCCCAAAUGCGGCGCCACAUUGACGAGUUGCAGGGAUGCAUCUCGUCUAUUGAAAAAUGCGAGAAACCGGUGAUCGUGGCCUACCACGGUAUCUCCUAUGGUCUCGCUGUUGACAUCGGUGUGGCCGCUGAUGUGCGGGUAUGCUCGGCGGAUGUCCGCUUUGCCGUGAAAGAAGUAGACAUUGGUCUGGCAGCAGAUGUGGGGACAUUGAGUCGGUUGCCCAAGGUGGUUGGGAAUUAUGGAUGGGUGAAAGAGGUGGCUUUGACGGCGAGGAACUUUGACGCGGAAGAAGCUCUACGCGUGGGAUACGUCAAUCGCGUGUUCAAGAAUAAAGAGGAGACAGUCCGGGGCGCAUUGGAACUGGCACAGUUAAUAGGCACCAAGAGUCCUGUUGCGGUGCAGGGGACCAAGGAAUUGCUGAAUUAUUCGAGGGAUCAUACCGUUCCGGAGGGACUGCGGUAUACGGCUGUCUGGAACAGCGCAAUGCUACAGACGAAGGAUGUCACUGCCGCGCUGCUGUCGGGCAUCCAGAAGAGAAAGCCGACGUUCGAGAAGUUGUAGCGUAGAUGAUCACUGCUGGUACUGGUACUCAGUAUGAUGGUCUGCUUGAAUUCAGGCUGCCUCGAGUUUGACGGGUUCAAACAGUGGCGUGGCUAGUCCAGGCGAUCCACCGCAGAUGCACCAACUAGAGAGAAUAUACCUCGUGAGCGUUGCAUUGUCAGCGUUUCAAACAGAACGAUGCGAGUAGUAGAAUUGACAUAAGAUAGAGUCGAGAUUAGCAGUGAAGUUUAACUUAUUAUUUGAAUUGUAGUAUUCCAUGUCCGGUACUCUCCGCUCUGGUUCUAACCGGCGAUCAUGUCAGCC